GGGCGGGGCCCCCGGAGGGGGCGGGGUCGGCCCUGACUUGUCUCGCGGUUACUGGGCGUGCGGGCGCGCGCGAGGCUCGUGGGCGGUUCUGGGCGGGCCCUCACCUGAUAUCUCUGGAAGGCUCCGCUGACUGUCAAGUUUUCGAGGUCGUCUCAGGUGAGGGGGUCGUGCCGGAAGUGGCUGUGCGGUGCGCCCGGGUGUUGAAAAGGAAGCUGCGGGAGGAGCUUUAAUCGUUCAAGGGGGUGCGGCACCGCUGGGAGCUCUUUACGGCCCCCUGCAGCAGCCAUGGCGAAAGGCAGAGUCGCCGAGCGAUCGCAGACCGAGAUGCUGCACUCGACCCCAGCGGGGGACCGGGCAGUGGGGACGCAGGGUUCCGCUGCUCCAGGCAACAAAGAUCAUCUGAAAGAAAAGCCUUGUGUGGAAGCUGGGUCAGCAAGAACGUCACUCCUUAUACUGGUGUCCAUUUUUUCAUGUGCAGCUUUUGUUAUGUUUUUGGUGUAUAAAAAUUUCCCUCAGCUUAGUGAGGAAGAGAGAGUGAAUAUGAAGGUUCCGAGAGAUAUGGAUGACGCCAAGGCUCUAGGAAAAGUUCUUUCCAAAUAUAAGGACACCUUUUAUGUACAAGUAUUGGUUGCUUAUUUUGCUACAUAUAUUUUUCUGCAAACAUUUGCUAUCCCAGGUUCCAUAUUCCUCAGUAUACUCUCCGGGUUUCUUUAUCCCUUCCCACUUGCCUUAUUCCUUGUUUGCUUGUGCUCUGGACUUGGUGCCUCAUUCUGCUACAUGCUCUCCUACUUAGUUGGAAGACCCGUUGUAUACAAGUACCUAACAGAGAAGGCAGUGAAGUGGUCACAGCAGGUAGCUAUAAACUUUAGUUUGUUUCUUUGUGGUUCUUUGGUUUUGUCAUCAUUUAAAAGAAUAAUGUUACAAGAAAAUUGUUUUAAAAAUUUGGUAUUUGAGAAUUUUAUACAGUAUGUUUUGAUUAUAUUCACAUAUGGCAAAGAGGAACCCCACAGGAUCCUGGGUGGGAUCAAAUCACAAACAACUCCAAGAAUACCUUUCAGUAGACUCUUCCAGCCGAGCCCCACGUCCCCAUCGCCAUCACCUUUACUAGCUCCAGCAAGUAGAGACCUAGGCUUCACCAUUGUCAUAGUUGAUGGGAGCAUUUUUACUUUUAAAUCAUAGUGGAGAGAAUUCUAUUUUUAUAAAAAGAUCAGAAGAAAUAAUUACAUCUUAAAGGAAAUAUAGAGAUUAUCCUGCCUUAGCUCCUUGUUUUAGAGAAGAAUGUUUUAUAUUUUACUUGAAUUUGUGAUCAUUUAUUUAUAAAACAUUUGUAAAUCUGAAAUCUCUGGCUAGACUUUCAGUUUAGACUUUGAAUCUAGUGCCCUUUUUGUUACUAGAUUUACAUACACACUCUUCUUUGGAAUAGCUGUUUUGUAUAUUAGUGACUUUGCCAGUUAUGCAGAUAGACAAGUAAUUAGUAUUUACUCUCCAGCCUCUGGUCCUUGGUCUUGCAUGUGGUAAGCAAAAGUUAUACCACUGAGCUAUAUCCCCAGAAAACAUACAUUGUUUUCCUGUUGGGUAAAUUGUGAUGUGUCUUGGGGGAGAGUUUAAGGUAUUUUAUUUAAACAACUUACUUACUUUGAAGAUUGGUCUUAACUGAUAAUUUUUUUUUCUUAAAACAGGUAGAGCGUCAUAGAGAACAUCUUAUUAACUAUAUUAUAUUUUUGAGAAUCACACCGUUUCUGCCUAAUUGGUUUAUUAAUAUUACAUCUCCUGUGAUAAAUGUACCAUUGAAAGUGUUUUUUAUUGGCACUUUUCUAGGUAAGACCUCUGACUCAUGUUGUCUGACAACUCAUUGGGUGCAUGUCCUAUCCAGCUGGCCUAGAUUGCCUGCUGUUUGCAAAAUCACCAGGACCAUAUAUAACUCUUGGGGACAAAGCCUGGCCUAGAUACAUAGCUUGUUCAGUGUGUUGUAAUGUGUUACCUCUUUAAAAAUGAGCACUUUCUACUAGAUAUUAUUUUAAUAAUGUGAGAUUAAGCAGAACCCCCUCACCGUAAUUAAGUCUAGGGGAAACAAGAUCAACAUCAAGGAAUCGAUACCAGAUUUUGAAAUUAAGUGGACAUAACAGUUCACUUAAGAGGGUUGAGCACGUGCCUACUUACCAAGCUCUGGGCUUGAUAAAAAAUUUUUUCUUUUAAAUUAAUUUUGUGACUUUCACCUUUCUUUAGGAAGACUAUUGUUUUUCUUUACAUUUUAAAUUGCUUGAGGGGUUGGGGAUUUAGCUCAGUGGUAAAGCGCUUGCCUAGCAACGGUGAGGCCCUGGGUUCAGUCCUCAGCUCCAAAAAAAAAAAAUUUGCUUGAUUCAGCUUGUAGGUUUUUUAUGUAUUGAAUAUUUACUAAAGCUUAAUGUUUAAUGCUUGUGAGGUCUUUUUUUUUUUUGUGGCUUACUUGUUUUUGUUUUGUUUUUUAAUUUAUUUUUAAUUAUGUGUCUUUGUGAGAGUAUAUGCAUGUGGAUGUGCUAGCUGGGCAGGCCAGAGGCUGGAGCUCUGGGCAUUUGUGAACCACCCCGCAUAGAUGUUGGGAACUGACUGUCCUCUACAAGAAUAGCCAGCUAGUAUUGUUAACCACAGAGCCAUCUUUGUAUCAUAAACUGCUGUGUCUGCUCAGACUGAGUGUCUUCCCACCUCCUACUUUUAUUUGUCUAUGUUGGAGGUAGAGCUGGAACCCAGGACCAUCUGUGUGGUAGGCUGGGCUGGGGCGAGGGGGUUGGUAGUAUGUAUGUGGGCUUGAGUUAUGGCUUCAUGCAUACUGGGCACACACUCUACCAUUAAGUUAGACCCCGGCCCUGUUGUUUAUCUGUUUUCACUUUUUACUCUGAGACAAAUUGAUUAGGCAAAGCUUGAUUUCCUGCUUUAGUGGCUUACAGCAGUUGGAAUUACAGUACUCACUUUUUUUUUUUUUAAAGAUUUAUUUAUUAUAAAUAAGUACACUGUAACUGUCUUCAGACACACCAGAAGAGGGCAUCACAUCCCUUUAUGGAUGGUUGCGAGCCACCAUGUGGUUGCUGGGAUUUGAACUCAGCACCUCUGGAAGAGCAGUCAGUGCUCUUCCAGACAGUUACAGACAGUUGUGAGCUGCUAUGUGGGUGUUGGGAAUUGAACCCAGGUCCUCUGGAAAACUAGCUGGUGCUCUUAACUGUGGAGCUAUCUCGCAGCCCCGAGAGUAACUUUUAAAACAUUAACUUGCUAUGUACACCAGGGUGACCUCGAACUUAGAGAUCCUCCUGCCUCUGCCUCCCAAGUUCUGAGAUUCAGUGUGUGCCACCACACCCAGCCUGGUUUUUUCCUACUUUUGUGUUUGUUCCAGAGAUGGAACUCAGAUCCCUAGGCUUCUUUCCGAAACAAGUGCUGACUCAACUGAGCCAUCUGGCUUGCCUUGUUCUUUUGAACAUUAAGUUCAGUUUAAAUUGAGACAACAUGGAGAGUUUUGAUCUUGGUGCACGUAACAAAGAAUUCACUUUACCUAACACACAGCUGUUGGGAGGACUGAGUGAGCCAUGUAAGGUAUGAGGAAGAGUAACAUCUAAAAUUAAUUUUCUUCCAUGUUAUCCUUGAGUCUGAGUCAGGUAAUCUUAUCAUUUCAAAAUAUAGUCCAGUGAAUGCUGGUGUCAUGAGCGUUUAAUUCAGUGCCUCCUGCGUGCUGAGUACCUACCUGCUUUAAAUGCCUGAUCCUUUCUUCACAAUGCAAAUAGCUGAGUUCCUGAAAGACAUUUUAUGCACACAGAGAUUUGGUUUUUUAAAUAUGGUUUGGGGUUCUGGAGAGAUGGCUCAGUGAUCAAGAAUACCUGGAUUUGGUUGCCACAUGGAGGCUCACACCUGUCUCUAACUCUAGCUCUAGAGAUCUGAUGACCUCUUCUGGCCUCUAUUGGCACUGCAUGCACAUCGUGUACUUACACAUACGUGUGCACAAACAUGUGAACAUAUGAAAAUGGUGGUUUUCCUUUAUUUGACAGGCUGCCAGUGCUCCUCACUCACUGUUUUUUUGUUUUUUAUUUUAGGUGUUGCACCUCCCUCUUUUGUAGCAAUUAAGGCGGGAACAACUCUUUAUCAGCUCACAACAGCAGGGGAAGCUGUAUCCUGGAACUCGGUAUUUAUUCUGAUGAUUUUGGCUCUUCUUUCUAUUCUGCCAGCCAUCUUCCAAAAAAAACUAAAGCAGAAGUUUGAGUGAAAAAUCAUGGCUUUUUGUUCACCACCACCAUCACCCCAGCUGCCGACACCACCACCAUCAUCUCAGGAUCGGCAGGUGUAUUCAUUUUAUGUUGGAAAUCAUCUCUUCAGUAACUGAAAGAAGGAUUUGUAAAGUAAAAUAUCCCAUGAGAUAGAUAAUGCAUGUAUGUGGCACGGGAGAACAGAAAUUGGCAUGCUAUGAGAAGUGCUGUCAUCUGACCUGUGAGAGAUACCUUCCACAUCACUGUUCCAGGAUUGGCUCUGAGACAUCAUUCAUAGUGGCGUGGUUUGGAAUUCUUACUCUAAACGAUUCAUUUAAAGUGUUUUUCUCCUUUUUGUUUAACUAAUGACUAAAAUAGUGAACUCAGGUACAGUGGAACAUACUUAUAACCCCAGCUGCUCAGGACACUUAAGGCCAGAGUAUUGCUAGUUUAAGAACGUCACAAGACACCCUGUAUUAAAAUAAGGAACAGUGGAAUUAAAUUAAAUAAAAAUUCAGAGCACAAACUGAAUACUUGAAGCAAAAAUGAGUUUUUCAUUUUCUUUCUCUUUUCAGACAGCACUUUCCAUAGGCCAGCGAAUGUAGCAAGGAUGGGUUAUUUAAGUUUUCCUUAGAAAUUUGCAUCAUGGAUUAGUCUGAUAAUUUGAAUUCUGGCCAGUCUGUUUUUAUCCUUUUUUUUUCUAGGUUUUACAGUAUUUCCACCAUACAUAUAGAAAAGGAGAAUUAUAUAUCUGUAUCAUAUUGGUGUUGAUAAUGUAUAUUAAGAUAAUGAUAUUUUGUUACAGUGUCUUUAUUAUCUCAAAAGGGGUUCUAAAAGUAAAUACUCAAAGCAUAUACUUUUUAGACAUUAAUUAUUUUAUACUGAAACAACUGACAGUAGGACAUUAGUGAUUAAAUCUAGUUUCUUUGUUCCAAUGACUGUAAAAUUUGCCUCAGUUUUUGUCUGCUCAUUAAAGAAUGUAUUGUAAUUACCUUUCAUGCAUGAUACAUCUUCAGUUGCUUUGUUGCCUUUCCUCUGAUGGCCUCCUUUGGGGCAGCACUUGAUUAGUACACUUUCCCAACUGCAAAGCUUCUACCCUCUCACCUCGACAUGGUGAUUGGUGUCUCCACCGUUCCUUGGAAGAGACUUAGCUGCUUACGUAUGUCUCCUGUUCCGUGCCAGGACAAACCACCUGAAGCAUAAAGCACUAUGAUCCCAGUUGGCAUGUCGAACAAUUGCUUUAGUGGAGUGGGAAGUCCUAGUGUUUAUUCAAAGUCUGAUCAUCUCAAAGCCUGUUUCUCCUGCAAAAUGUGGACUAAUCCUUUUUUGUCACAGUAUUAACAUGUGGAUAUAUUACAAAUACAAGGAAGACAAUACUGAUCAA